UAUCGGCCAGCCUGCAGCCAAGAAAGUCUUGGAAAUAUUCCCAUGUUGAAGACCCCCCUUCUGCGGACCUCGAACUCUAUGUCACUUGGCACUUCUACCAAGCGCUGUUCGAUUGGCAGUCACCGACAGGAGCAUACCGGGGCCAUGUCUUUCAUUCUUUGCAGAAGGGAAUCUAUAUUCUCCCGGUGCAGCUGACAUGAGUCAUCAUCAUUUAAUAAUUUCACAGCGCGUUUGCGACCAAUAUCCCCUAGAUCAGAAAUACCCCUGAAAUU